AGGUAUCAUACAGUUAUCACAAAGCCAAUACCUAAAGUCGAUCACUUCCAAUUUCGAGAACAAUCCUUCCCAUCUCAUCAUGGCAGAAGAGCGUUCGGUGGCGUUGCCAAGAUACGUGAGGUUGAGGAGCAGUUCCGCCGUGAAAUACCUGCGUUUCACAGACGACGACAUACAACAACACGGUCACCUCCAGUUCACUGGGGAAACGCCAGUCCACAGCCCUUACGUCAAGUUCGAAGUCGAACCCUCGAGGACCGUCUCAGGCGGCUUGGUCCAUCUCAGGUCCUGCUACAACAACAAGUACUGGGUGCGAACCUCCCCGACCCAGAUGUGGAUCGCCGCUCACUCCGACGUCCCGGAAGAGGACCAAUCCAAGUGGUCGUGCACGCUCUUCAAGCCCACCUACCAAUUCUCCGCGACGACCGGCAACGGUGGCCGAGACCUCUACUUCCGUUUCCGCCACGUUCAGCUCGAUCAGAACGUGGGCAUUUCGCCUUGGGGCCAGUGGCCCUACACAGACUUCCUUUUCGUCAGAACACAAUCGUCCAACCAGAUGGUGGAUGACCAAUUCGCGGUCAGGGAUUGGGAAUCCCUCCUCGUGCUGCCCAGGCACGUGGUGUUCAAGGGCGACAACGGCAGGUUCCUCCGCGCUCGCGUGAUCGAACGGUCCAACUACCUCGAGUUCUCAGGCACCAGCAACAGCGAGGCCACCGCGAGUAACGAAGUGUUCGAGAACCCGGACGGGAGCAUCCGCAUCCGGUCGAACCACUACGGCAUGUUCUGGAGGCGCAGCCCCAACUUCUGGAUCUGGGGGGACUCCACCGAUACCACCGCCAACAACAUGGACACGGUGUUCUGGCCUGAGAGAGUGGGGCCCAACAUGGUGGCGCUGCGCCUCCCGGGGACCUUGCGGUACUGCAAGCGCUUUACGGACGGAGGCAAGACGAGCUGCCUCAACGCCGCGGACUACACCGUAACGGAGUUCGGGAGGCUGGAGGUCGGGGAGUGGGUGAGGAAGAGGAGCAUUUCCAACGUCCGGUUCCGCCUCCUGGACGCCCGCAUCUACGACCAGGUCCCCCGAACCCUGGCCCGAACCACCGUUAGAAACGCCACCGCCCAUACCAACACGCCCGUUAUUAGGUUCCGGUACCGGAACACGAUAAGCCGGCACUGGCAGAGCACCGUGUCCUUCAGCUACGGGCUAUCCUCCACGGUGUCAGCCGGCAUCCCGCUGUUCACGGACGCGUCACUCACGAUUCAAUGGGAGCUCUCGUCGGAAUACACGUGGGGCCAAACCAUCGAGACCUCCGAAGAGCAGGAACAGGAGUACCCGGUCACGGUGGGUCCCUAUACCGAGGCGACCAUCACUUUUCAGGCAACACAAGGGUUUUGCGACGUCCCUUUCUCCUACACUCAGAGGGACGAACUCUUCGAUGGUAGGGUCGUCGCUACCGAGAUGCACGAUGGGCUCUACACCGGCGCUAAUCUCUACGAAUUCCAUUGGGAAAACACCGAGGAGAGUAUACUACCCGCCGACGAGAUCAAGCUCGCCCAGGAAGACGUUGGGGUGGGGAAGAAGAAGAAGGAUGUCGAGCUCAAGGUGGAGCUGGGGGAGGCCGAGAUCGUGGAACGCGAGGAAGAGGAAGAGGACGUGAUCGAGAAGCUCGACGGCGACAAAGAAGAAUAAUCGGAUUCUAUUUCCGUCGCCGGCCGGCGGGGGGAAGGAGGGAGGGAGCUUAAUAUAUUGAUUGAUCACUCACUCUCUCAAUCAGUAGUAACACCCUAAAUAAUGGCACCCCAUAUCCCAGCCUUCGUGCAUGGCCCCCCAUUUUAUCCUACGUCCAUUUGUUUUUGUUUUGUUGUGUUUUUUUUUUCCCGUUUUUAAGGUGUGGUUUGUUUUUCUGUAAUGGUUAAUUUGAUGUAUUGUCGUGGUUAAUAUAUUUGUCAUAUUGUG